CAAACAGCCAGAAAAUAUUAUACAUAAACAAUUCGGUGUAACCUAACCCACCAAACACCCCUUAAAGAUAUAGUGUGAGGUGUGCAUAUGAUUAGCAUUUCCCCCAGACAGAAAGCGUUACUGAGCAAAGUCAAAAAGGCUAAUGUAAUAAAGAAAGUGUCGGUUUGAUCUCCAUUAAUAACAGCCAUGCAUUCCACAAAUAUCAACUGUUUCUUCAAUCUUAAGUGAAUUGAAGGCCAAGUUCAGUUUCAAAUCCGGCCAAACAAAUUGUUUCAACACCUCAUUAAUGGCCAUGCCCGUUUCUUCAAAGCCUAUUGCCACAACAACUCAACAAUUAUAUAUUGGCCCCCUCCUGUAAACACACACACACACUGAAAUUGGAGCAGCAGUGAAACAUGGGGUUGCAGUUGCCGUACGGAAACUUAGAUUCCAGCCUGCGGGGUUUGGCGGGCCAAGCUGAGGGCUUCGGGCGUUUUGCUGUCGGCGGCCAAAACGGCGCCGUUUACCCCGUCACCACUCUAGCUGAUGAUGGGCCUGGUUCACUACGCUAUGGCUGUCGUAAAAAGGAAGCUGUGUGGAUCAUAUUCCAAGUGUCAGGCACCAUCCAGCUCUCAUCUUAUCUGAGCGUCUCGUCUUACAAGACCAUCGACGGGCGCGGUCAGAAAAUUAAGCUCACCGGCAAAGGUCUGAGGUUGAAGGAGUGCGAGCAUGUCAUAAUCUGCAACCUACGACUCGAGGGGGGCGUCGGAGCCGAUGCCGACGCCAUUCAGAUCAAGCCUAAUUCGCACCAUAUAUGGAUAGACCGUUGCAGCCUCAGUGAUUUUGCCGAUGGACUCGUAGAUAUCAGCCGUCAGAGCACAGACAUUACUAUCUCACGGUGCCAUUUUGCUAACCAUAACAAGACAAUCCUGAUUGGUGCCGAUCCUUCGCAUGUAGGUGAUAGAUGCAUGCGGGUUACGAUUCACCAUUGUUUCUUUGAUGGCACGCGGCAGAGGCACCCGCGCGUGAGAUUUGGGAGAGUUCAUUUGUACAAUAAUUACACCACAAACUGGGGAAUCUAUGCUGUUUGUGCCAGUGUCGACUCUCAGGUUUACUCACAGUGCAACAUAUACGAAGCAGGACAUAAGAAGAUCGCCUUUAAGUACUACAAGGAAAAGGCAGGUGAUAAGGAUGAGGAGUGCAGCGGGUGGAUUAAAUCUGAAGGCGACUUAUUUGUUGGCGAAACAGAGUCAGGGUUGGUGGAAUGCGGCGGCGAGGGUUCUGUAUUUGAUCCAUGCGAAUACUACCAGAAAUGGACUGUGGCGCCGCCCACACAUGAACUCAAACACUAUCUUCAACACUGCACCGGAUGCCAACAUAUCUGCCUACCUUCUCACUCACUCAAUUGAACUUACAACCCAUCUUUUUUUUUUCUCCAAAAUUAAGGCUUCUCAUUCAUGGAGUUAGCCACUUACCAGUUUACGUUAAUGACCAACAAUAUGUAUUGCCUUUUUUCUUUUGGAUUUGUGGAACGCUUACAUGCCUUUUUAAGCAUUCUAUAACAGUUUUUAUUUGGAUAAAA